AAAUAUAGCCCUUCUGAACGUUGACAAGUUGGAGAGGGGUGUCACUGCAGGAGUGCCUCAAAGCGACGUAUAUAUUAGCAAUGGAGAUAUACACUGACGCCGUACAUACACCAAGGUAAUCAGUCUUCGUCAAUGUCAGAGGCGGCGCCCCCCUCCGACCACGCCCUGAAAUGUGUGGUUGUUGGGGACGAAGAGGUUGGCAAGACGUGCCUGUUACACUCCUACAGCUCCAAUACGUUUGAGAGAGAUUACCAGCCCACGGUCUCAGCAAGCUACAAGGUGACAGUUCAAGUCCAAGGCGAGGCGUACAGCAUGGGGCUGUUUGACACAGCUGGGAAAGAGGAAUACGACAGUGUACGACCUCUCAGUUACCCAAACGCGGACAUCUACCUUGUCUGUUUCUCAGUUGUCUCCCCUUCAUCCUUCUCCAGCGUCACAGAAAAGUGGGUCCCUGAAAUCUUGGAAUACUCACCAAGCACGCCAUUCCUCAUUGUUGGGACUAAGACAGACCUCCGGGACGACUUAGCCAAUGGAGACAUACCGGAAGGUAUUAGCGAGAAGCCAAUCACAACGCGACAAGGGAGACAACUCGGAAAGAAAAUAAAAGCUAAUUACUUAGAGUGCUCUGCCCUUACACAGCGUGGUUUGAAAUGUGUAUUUGAUGAAGCAAUAUACACAGCCCUGCAUCCUCCCAAAUCUCGAAAGAACUCGUGGAAAUGCACGGUAUCAUGACGUCAUGCGCAGUUUAAGAUGUCAGCCACCGCAAUAGUAAUGUAUGAAGAUUUGGAUCACUGUGCAGCAGAACGAACAUGCUGGAGGACGAGAAUAUUGCCCAAUCCGACCGGCCACAUCCUGGACUAUAAGUCUGUUAUAUCGCCAUUCUGUAUUGAUACAUGCUCUGGACGGAUUCACCACCAUUGCCCCAUUUCACCACCCCGUCGCUCCUAGCUCUGACUUAGCACAGACUUUCUCACGAUAGUGAGAGUAAACUGACAUGAUAUAUAUACUACUCAAAAGAAGUUAAGGAUCACCCGAUUCUUUCAUAAUGGUAAAGUUAAUCUGUCAUGAGUGAGUGAGUGAGUAUGGUUUUACGCCGCUUUUAGCACUAUUCCAGCAA